AAAAAUAAUUAUCAGUACUAAAAAAAAAAGUCUCAAAAAAAAAAAAAGAAUGCGAGAAGCUGGCCAGCUUGAGUAAAACUAAAAUAGUGGCAGUUAAAACAGAAGGUAGACACGCUAUCCUUUCAAGGCAACUUGCCGUAGACAUUCCGAUAGUUACGCGCUGAAAAUAGCACGCGUCUAGUGGAACAUAACUCCCCCCACAGAGCCUCUCCCAGAGCCAUUCACCAUGACUGACAGAGUGAGUAUCAAACCCGACGUAAAGAUAGAGGAGUCGAAUGUUGACAUACCCGGUAGAGAGGGUACCCCGACGAGACUUGAAGGCACGACUCCACCCACUGCAGGAGCGGCAGAUACCCCUGGGCCUGGGUUGGACUCAGCCGAGGCCGCAGACGCCGCCGUGUUGGCUGAAUCGAUGGCAGCCACAGGUUCAAGUUCUGCAGCACAAACAGCUAGACAAAAGAGGAACUCCCUUGCAUGUAUCCGGUGUCGUACGCGUCAUAUAAGAUGUCCAGGUGGAAACCCAUGUAAGAAGUGUCAGCUAGCCAAGCACAAGUGUGAAUACGUAGAAGCAGAUAAGAAGAUUGUGGUGUCAAUGAAGUAUAUCUCCAAACUUCAUGAAGAUAUUGCCCGACUUAAAAAGGACAAUGCCACUUUAAGAAACAAUUUAAAGGAGGAGGAGAUGAAAUACAAUGAAGCGAAGCGCGCAAACCCUCCGUUCAAGGCGUCACCAGCAUCACAAGCAGCGGCCGCAGUGGCAGCCGUAGCUGAAGCCACGGCUUCUAUAACACCGUCAGGAAUUGGAGGUAGACACAAUCCAAACAAUGUAAACCAUUACAACCGACCAGUAAACAACAAGGGGGAACUCACUACUGAUGGAUACUCGAGAUUCAAUAAUACUUUUGGCAAUAACCAAAACUCCUUGGCAGUUACAUCCACAUCUGGGUUCCCUGAAGUGAUCCAACCAUCACUCGAUAAACAUGGAAGACUUAUUCAAUCAAGAACAGGAGAAAAAUUAUACGUUGGAUCAUCUUCAAUGACUCUUUUCGGUCUUGAAAUUCAAAAUAUGGUACCGUCAUUCUCAUCAUCUCGACUUUUAGCUAGUGGUAACAGUCAAGCUAGUACACCAUCUGAGAAUGGUUCCACUUCAUCCACAACAUCCAUACAAUCAGCUGCACCAUCUACAACUCCAAGUACAAAAUCAACCAAGAGAGAAUCACAAAUCCUUGAAAAGGAAGGAAAUGCCUACAAGAUUAUUCUUGCCAAGACCAAUACUAGACCUGGGAUUUCUAUAAACUUCACACUCCCUUCAUACUCUUAUGCUAUGCUUUUGGUGGAUACGUUUGUCAAUUACAACGAUGGAUGUUUUUAUUUCUUCAAUGAAGGAUUAGUCAAGAAGUUUCUCAUGAAUCUUUAUUCUGGGAAAAUGGAAGAUAAUAAGAGGAUUUUGAAGCGGAAUAUCCCCAUUAAUACCCGAGGUCCUUCUGUAGCGGAAAAUUCCAUCAAGAAGGAUAUGGAUGAUGAAACGAUUUUGGAAACAAUUUGGUUCUGUAAGAUAUUACUUAUCUUCGCCACGGGAGAAAUGUAUCUUGGUACCGAAUCUGAUACUCAUAUAAAGCAGAGGAAAUUUGCCGAUAGAGCUAAUAUACUGACCAGAAAGCGGAAUAAUGGAGUUGCAGCCGCAGCUGCUGCCGCCGCCGCAGCUCAUGCCACAGCAACGGGGAAUCCUUUACCAGAAGGUGCAACUAAUAACACUGAUAAAGAUUCCAAGGGAAGAAGAGCUAGCACUGGCAAAGAUACUUUACCAGGAGCUGGAUUCUUCUAUCAAGCAUCAGAACUUUUCACUGGUCUUUUCGCAUCUGGAGCCAUUGAUAAUAUUGCCAAGGAUGGUGGUAUUGAGGUAAUGUUAUUGUAUGCGUUCUAUUUACAAGUUGCUGAUUGUACAAUUGCCUCGUACUUCUACUUUGGUUCCGCGCUUAGAUCCACUUUAAUUCUAGGAUGGCAUGUUGAUGCGGAUAAGGAGAAUUUGAACCGAUUUGAAUUGGAGCAUAGAAGAAGAAUUUGGUGGACGGUAUAUAUGUAUGAACGAAUGUUAUCAUCUAAGGCAGGACUUCCAUUAAGUUUUGCAGAUGAUAGUGUUUCUACGGAAUUCCCAGUUGAUUUCAGUAUGACGGUGGAAGAUUUCCCUCGAGAUGAAGCUGAUGUAAGAGGAUACUACGUUUUCCCUCCAGCAGAAUAUAUUAAUAACUGUGUUAUCAUCACACAAAUUAACGCAAUGAUUUUAUCGUCCUUAUAUACCAAGCAACCAACAAUUAAUAUUUUACCAGUUGUUUCUGAUUUGGUUCAAAAAUUAAUGAAUUGGAAAAAUGGACUUCCUGAAUUCCUCAAAGUUGACUUUACUAUUGAAGAUCUACGUGUGACAAGAUUGGUUGUUAACUUAAUGACUGAAUAUUUCCAAGGGAUGAAUUUGGCAGUAAGACCGUUACUUUUCCAUUUUGCAACCAAUAAACUUCAAGAAUUACAAGCCAACCCUACACAAAGCAAUAAAUAUAUUGAUUUAACGAAGUAUUCAAAGAAUGUGUUGACAUUAUUAAAUGCAUCAUUCCAGGCAUCGAUCAAUUCUAUUAGAUGUAUCUGGGCUCUUGUUCCAGAAAAUAUGGUUGCCUUAUUUGGAUGGAUGGAUAGAGAAUAUUUAUUCACAUCUGCAUCUACAUUAAUUUUGUUUAAUGCAUCAUUUGGAGUCCAUGAAGCUACUAAGGAUCAUCUUGAUCACGCAUUGACGAUAUUUACCAAGAUGAAACGUUUAGGAAACUAUCCAGCUGCUUUGAGACGUUCACAAUUAUUAAAGUUAAUCAGUGUGCUUGACUUUAACGGUGUGAUGAAUGACUUAUUACGUAAACAUGACGAUGAAGGGCUUUAUUAUACCGAAAGUCCUACUGGAAGUGAAUUGGACCAUCAACCAUUAGAUGAUGAAGGUAUGAGUCAGGAAGCACUGGAGCAAGAGAUUCUUAGACAACAAAGGUUGCACCAAGAACACCUCCAACAACAACAAGAGCAACAGCAACAGCAACAACAUCAGCAACAGCAACAGCAACAUCAACAACAAAUUCAUCAACAAUUGGAACAACAAAGACAAGCCAUGAUGCAAGGUCCUCCAAUUGAUCCUGUUGCACCAGAAUUGUCUUCUGCUUCAGUUAUGGAUUUCUUGAACUUCCCAGGAACUACCCCUCAACCAAACACGACACAUCCACAAUCACAUUUCAAUAUUCCUAGCGUCGAAGGAAUGGAAGUUGAACCAACUGGAAUGGGAAGCAGUAGUAUGGGUGAAGCGUAUAUGAAUUCCGAUCUUGCUGGUAUCGAAGGAUUGACAUAUCUUGACGAGGAACAGAAACUUUGGAGUGACAUUACUAGUGCUGCAGGCUGGUUGAGUAUGCCACCAACUGGACAACCACAAACUGCAACUGAUGAUAUUCACCGUGACUUUGGCGGAACCCUUCAAAAUAUGGCCCCUAAUGAUCAUGGACUUUAUGGAGGUGUGCCACAGAAUGGAAAUGACGUGAACAUGGGAUAUGGAGAUAUUAUCAAUCUGGAGUUCCAAACUGAUGAAUGAGAGAAUAAAAAUAAGAGACCAUUUAGAUUUACUCUAAUAGUUAGUUUUGUAUAUUAAUACUAUUAUUACAUAUUGUACAAUUGUUCAUUUUUUUUUUCGUUUUUGU